AUGCGAGAAGAAAUUACGGAAUCUAUUACUUGGCUGACUAAGUCACUCUUGGUGUUUUUUUCAGCAGCUCUUCCCGAUAUGUUGUCAUUUUAUGAAGAAUUUCUUCCUUUGCUGCAAGCAAUCACUGUUACCAAAUCCAGUGGUACUAGUCACGAAAGUCGCUCCCCGUUUCAACAGGCUGCCGAUAUGUGCAAAGAAGUCUCGGUAAAACAUGGCAAUGAUUUAAACAGCGUCUACGAGUUUUUAAAAACUUUGGCAAAUCUCUACAUGGUCUUCGGGCGCACUGAAGAAGCAAUUGUUGUAGCAGAAACUGGUUUAGAAAUUUGCGAUUUGAUGGGGGAUAACAAUGUCACGGAUCGAAUAAACAAUCGCGGCAGAAUGCUACUAUAUCUUGCCCAAAUGCACCAACUAAAUUCAAUUAACUCGGCCUUUGAUAGAAACAAAGAGCUAAAUCUUGCAGAACACUAUUAUCUUACCGAUCGAGGCUCAGCAGCGGAAUUUGUACUCGAAAAGAAUCUAAGCUACGCCAAUUUUCUAUGUGAACAAAAGCGUUUUGCGGAGGCUGAUGCUGUUCUUCAGGAUAUGAGCAAUUUAGGCAAAGAAUUGUCGGAUAAGUCUGUGUAUUUUGCCUAUUUUUCAAGCGUCUUUUAUGGUCCGGGCAUACAGAAAAGCGUCGAAGUUGACGGCGAGCUAUUGUCAACUGUUGAACAUUGUAUGUACAGCACAAUGGUCCGAGUGUUUGUUGGAAUGAGAAAGAAGAGAGAAGCAGUAGCUGCGAGCGAGAAGCUGACAGCUAACACAGUAGUUGUUCAUGAUGCAAUUCACGGCAAACGUCCUUCCAGUAUCCCAUACCUUAUCGAAGCCUGCCAUCGCGAGUUGUUGUCUCUUUUGAGUGAAGAAGACCGAAAACAACUUCGGAAUUGUGAACUUCCGUUAUCUCCAGCAAAUAUUUUCAAAUUGUAUUACAUGCUUAACGAGUACACCUUGGCAUUGAAAUACUACACAAACGAGACGCAAUCACCCGACUUGUUCGAAAUGGUAAUUUCAUGCUUGCGCUUAGCUGGAAAUGAAUUAAUGGAAAUGGAUAGAGGAGAUGAAUCACAGUUACACCUCAUGAAAUUGCUUAGAAUGCUUCAAACUAAAGAGGGAUUUCUUUCCUUUCAUACUCAAUGCGCAACCCUUGCAGGGUAUUCUUUUGCAUACCAAUAUCACAUUUUCCGCUGGUUGGGAUAUAUAAUGGUAUGCGUAAGAGGGAAUCUUGAUAGUGCAAUUCAAUGUUAUGAACGAUGCUUUGAACUGGAUGAAGAUUUGAGCCUUGACCAAAGCCUUGUGGCAACUCUGGCUGACCUUUAUCAAUCAAAAGCCUUAACAUUUGACAUAGAAAACCAAGAUUCCUGCAAACGACAGAUAAACCUUGCUCUUAAUUUGUUCCCGAAGCUGCUUCAAAAGACUGCCAAAUUGACACAAUUUGUAGAAUUGUCGUUUGGGUCACUUUUGUCGAAAUUGGAACGUUAUCAUGAAGCUGUUGAACAUUUUGAAAAUGUUAUUCAAGGAGCAGACGACGAAACUAUGGAAUGUACAGACGUAGUCAAGCCGUUGUUCGAUGUUUACCUUCGUCGUGAAAUUGAAGCUAGCGGCAUUAUUACCAUCCCAGUGAAAGUCCGCGCUUUCUACGAGUUAAUUUUAACGUAUAUGAAAUUGAAUGAAGUGGAAAAGCCCAAGAAGUUGCGCUUCGAUUGGAGAAUUAUGUUGAACGUUUUCAACGCAUUCCAGAGACUUCUCUGUUUCUGUCUAUUGUAG